UAUUUUUAAGGCUUUCAGUUGCAAAGUGAAAUUUGAACAAAUUGUUGUUCAAAGUGACUUGAACAAGAAGUUAUAUUCUCGACCCAUCCCUUCUCAAAUUAUGGUCAUUGAAGCCCCAUCUUCAUCUAGCCAUGUUAGUGGAGACACCGUUGGAACUAAAAUCCUAAUACUUCCCGAAGGUGACUGGUUUUACCAUCACAAAUUGGUAGUUGCAGAAAUUGCCCACAUCAUACGCACACAUUUGAAUGAGGGAAAACCAUCAUGGAAGAAAUUAUCAAUUGAUCAAAGAGAUUCUUUCUUUGACUUAUUUCAGAAAAAGUUUACAUGGCCACCAGAACACAAUGUUACGGUGCGACGUAACUUUGAAAGAAGAGGUGCCGCUAAGAUGUCUCAGCUACUACAAGAUGUUCGCAAAGACUUGGAGUACAGACCGGGUUGGAUGGGAGAUGAUUUGUACUUUUUUUUCUUUUUGACUUGGUUGUAAUUUGGAUUUUUUAUCUUAUUAACUUGGUUGACAAAUGAUUAGUAAUAGCUUGAUUUUUUGAGUCAAUUUUAGUAAUGUG